AUGGCCUCGAGAUCCCUCCCUAGACCUCUCCUGAGGCUUACAGCACCAGCUCAGCAAUGUCGCUUCUACUCGCAACCCGCAGCUUCGAUAUUCAGAGCUAGCCCCGCCUCGUGUCGAGCUGGUCGCAGCCUGCCACGAGCCGCAAGACCGGUCUUUGUUGCGGGCCAGAGACGCUCCAUUUCGGCCAGCUUGCAGCGACGCUAUGCCGACGUCGAGGAGGACCAAGGCUUCGACCCCGCCUCCGUCGAGCGCGAGUCGGAUCAGGUCGACGUCUGCAUCGUCGGCGCCGGCCCAGCGGGAUUGAGUGCUGCCAUCCGGUUAAAGCAGCUGGCCAACGAGGCCGGGAAUGAAGAAUUUCGCGUCGUCGUACUGGAAAAAGCUGGGGAGGUGGGCGCACAUAUCAUGUCUGGCAACGUGCUGGAACCGAGGGCGAUAAAUGAGUUGAUCCCGGAUUGGUUGAGUGAGGACAACGAAAAUCGGUUUACGCUGGCCACGCCGGCUGGAUCGGACAAGAUGCGAUUCUUGACAAAAUCUAGUGCCAUUCCUAUACCGGCACCUCCACAGAUGCACAACGAGGGCAACUAUAUCAUUUCUCUAAGUCAAUUUACCAAGUGGCUGGGUGAGAGAGCUGAAGAGGUGGGCGUCGAAAUAUAUGCGGGCUUCGCGGGUGCCGAGAUUCUCUACAACAACGAAGGCGCAGUCAAGGGCGUUGCGACAAACGACCAGGGCGUGGGAAGAAACGGCAAGGCAAAGGCCAGCUUCGAGCGAGGUAUGGAGUUCCACGCUCGAGUAACGCUGCUGGCCGAAGGAUGCCACGGCAGCCUGACCAAGCAGGUGUCCAAGAAGUUUGACCUGAGGAGGGAUUGCCAGCCGCAAACCUAUGGCCUGGGAGUGAAAGAGGUCUGGGAAAUUCAGCCAGAAAAAUUCAAAAAGGGUGAGAUCUCUCAUACCAUGGGCUACCCGCUGUCCAAGGACACUUAUGGCGGCGGAUGGAUGUACCACUUUGGAGACAACUUGGUAAGCCUGGGGUUGGUUGUUGGCCUCGACUAUGCCAACCCUUGGAUAUCUCCCUACGGCGAAUUCCAGCGCAUGAAGCUCCAUCCAUUCUACAAGUCCGUUCUGGAGGGUGGUAAGUGCAUCGCGUACGGCGCUCGCGCUCUCAACGAAGGCGGCUUCCAAUCAAUACCGAAAUGUGCGUUCCCCGGAGGUGCCCUGAUCGGCGACACUGCCGGCUUCCUCAACGUGCCCAAGAUCAAGGGCACACAUACGUCGAUGAAAUCGGGCAUGCUGGCUGCCGAAGCCGCGUAUCAAGCUCUCGCUCACAACAAAGAAACAAGCACCAUCUUCCUGUACGACUACGAGGAUGCCCUACGGGAAAGCUGGAUCUGGCCCGAACUCAAAGCUGUGCGCAACAUGCGACCGUCCUUCCACAACCCCCUGGGCAUCUAUGGCGGCAUUAUGUACUCCGGCCUCGAGGCUUACGUCUUGCGCGGCAUGAUGCCUUGGACUCUGAAGCACAAGCAACCCGACUGGGCGGCCACAAAACCUGCAGAUCAAUUUCCCAAGAUCGAGUACCCGAAGCCUGACGGCGAGAUCACCUUUGACAUCUUGACCAGCGUGUCGCGGACCGGCACGAACCAUGAGGAGGAUCAGCCUGUGCAUCUGCAGGUGAAGGACUGGGAUGCUCAUGCGCAGAAGGAGUGGCCCAAGUACAAAGGCGUCGAGAACCGGUUCUGUCCGGCGGGCGUGUAUGAGUAUGUGGAGGAUGAUACGAAAGAUAUUGGAGUGCGGUUCCAGAUCAACGCUCAGAAGUAA